AUGGAACCUGAAAGAACCACUGAAUUGAAAAAUCUAGUUUUAAAAACGACAACUUUUACUGGUGAAGCGAAGUACUACAGCUUUAAAGGCAUUCCUUAUGCCAAACCUCCUGUGGGUGAUCUCAGGUUUAAGGAUCCACAACCGCCGGAACCAUGGGACGGAGUGAGAAAUGCGACUCAACAUGGCUCCGUGUGCCCUCAAAUAGAUUUACUCAACAGUAUUGUUGUACCUGGCAGUGAAGACUGCCUCUUCCUCAAUGUGUAUACUCCUAAUUUAACUCCAGAGAACCCUCUACCAGUCAUGGUCUUCAUCCAUGGAGGAGGGUUUAAAUUUGGCUCAGGAAACGUUGACGUUUACGGACCAGAUUUCUUGGUAGCCAAAGAUGUAAUAGUCGUCACCAUGAACUACAGGUUAGAUGUCUUGGGAUUCCUCGCUUUAGGAACUAAGGAAGUCCCUGGUAAUGCUGGAAUGAAGGAUCAAGUCUUGGCAUUAAAAUGGGUGAAUGAAAAUAUUGAAAGCUUUGGAGGUGAUAAUCAAAACAUCACCCUAUUUGGAGAGAGUGCCGGAGCAUCUGCUGUUGGUUAUCACUUGGUUUCACCAAUGUCUAAGAAUCUGUUCCAAAAAGCAAUAUUACAAAGUGGUGUGCCCAGUAUGGACCCUCACAUUCCUUACAGAACUGUAGAGAGAGCUUUUGUCCUUGGAAACUCUCUUAACAUUACAACUAAAAAUUCCACUGAACUCCUUCUUUCACUACAAGAGCUACCAGCCGUGGAACUGCUCAAUAGGACUGCCUUUUUGUUUGCUUCUGAAUCUAUAACUCAUAUCGUGUUCAAGUUUACUCCAUUUACUCCUAUAAUAGAAGAAGACUAUGGCCAAGAGAUGAUAUUUGUGAGCGAAGAUCCCUUCGAUACUUUAGAUAGCGGUAAUGUUAGCAACGUGGAUAUUAUGUUCAGUUACAAUAAGUAUGAGAUGCUCAUCAUGCUACCGUACUAUGUAAAUAAUACUUAUCGAUACAUACAACGGUACAAUAGAUACCCAGAACUGUUAGUGCCCAGUAAAAUAUUGAUGAAAGCAAGUAGUGACGACAUUUACUACUUAUGGAAUAAAAUUAACGACUUCUACUUUGGCAAUAAGAGUAUUAGUGUCGAGAACAUGCCUGAGUUUAUCCAGUACGCUGGUUUUGCCAGUCUGGUGUAUGAUGUCCAUAGAUUUAUAAGACGCUGGCCGCAGGUUGGCAAUGUCUACCUCUUCAAGUUCGAAUGCAUCUCCAGCAGAAACUUCUAUGGUCUGCCAGGCGCUGCCUAUGGUCUCAAUGGCCCGUCCCACUUCGAUGAUUUAUUCUAUGUGUUUGAUCCUAAAUCAUUGCAGUUCCCUCUACCAACUGACAGCAAAGAAUAUAAAUUGGUUCAGCAGAUAGCUACCGUCUUCACAAAUUUUGCUAAAUACGGAAACCCGACUCCAGACUCGACGCUGGGUGUGUCCUGGCCUCAGUAUGACAAAAGUAAACAGGCGUAUGCGAUCAUAGCUGACAACAUCACCAUAGACUACAAACCAGACGCCAAAGACAUCAAAUUCUGGAGGAAAGUUCUCGAAUACGCUCACAUCAAAUUCUAG